GUUUUCCGAAUGACCGGACCGGGACCGCAUGGAUAAAUUGUUGAUAUUAUUAAGUGCAAUAGACUCGUGCAAAUUCACAAUUCUGCAAAGGGUUCAUCGAAUUGUUUCACCAUGAUACUACAACGAAUCAGUUGUUGCUACAAAACCUACUGCCCACUAUAGCCGAAGUAAACAACAUGUACGUCAUCCCGAUGAUCACUUCUAGGUGUAGUAGAAAGAUGCUUACAUCUACAGACAGAUGUUUAGUUUCCUCGAAGCAGAUUAAAAUCAAACAGGCAGUCGCUGACUGGAUCAGUAUAAGUCUGGUUCGUGCUCUCGUGAAAAAUCCUCGAUCAGUCAAAGCAAUCAUUGAACAAAAACCAGUUACGGAGAGUAAAAGACUAUCGAUUCCUAGCCCAAUAUCGAAUUUGGAAAUAGUAAAUUACUACUUUGCUUUACUAUGCGAAAGUUCAAAGAAUGAGAUUGCACCCUCUACUACUACGAUAAAACGUUCAUACCAUAGUGUCAGGAAAGUAAAUAACAGUGCUUCUAGAAUGGCCAAGCUGAUCGACGGCAAGCAGAUAGCUAGUGAAAUUCGCGAAGAGCUGCGAAAAAAGAUCGAAACAUGGAAGGCACAGGGAAACCGUGCACCGCAGCUGACUGCAAUAUUAAUUGGUGAAGAUCCUGCUAGUGCUACGUAUGUUAGCAAUAAAAUGAAGGCGGCAGCGGAUGUUGGUAUUGAAAGCAAAACGGAACGGUACAAUACAGACAUUACCGAGCAGGAACUACUUGACCGUAUCUACCAAUUGAACAAUGAUGACGCGGUGGAUGGAAUUUUAAUACAACUACCAGUGCCAGGUCACAUCGACGAGAGGAAAAUAUGUAAUUCUGUAUCAUGCGACAAAGACGUAGACGGGUUUAAUGAACGUAACAUUGGACGGCUUUGUUUGGAUAUGAACACCUUAAUUCCUUGCACACCAUUAGGUGUUCAGGAACUUAUCAAACGAGCUGGCAUUGAAACAUUCGGUAAAAACGCUGUAGUUGUUGGCAGAUCAAAAAAUGUAGGCAUGCCUAUUGCCAUGUUGUUGCAUGCGGAUGGACGAAACGACACAUGUGCCAUGGACGCUACAGUAACGAUAUGUCAUCGUUUUACACCACCAGAGGAAUUGACACGGUUUUGUCGCAUGGCUGACAUUAUAGUCACGGCUACCGGUGUGCCCGGGCUUAUAACGGCGGGCAUGGUUAAGGAAGGUGCAGCUGUAAUUGAUGUCGGUAUCACUAGAGUGAUAGAUCCUUCGACUGGAAAAACUAAACUAGUAGGGGAUGUGGAUUUCGAUGAAGUACGCAACAUAGCUGGCCAUAUUACCCCAGUUCCUGGAGGUGUUGGUCCGAUGACUGUUGCGAUGCUCAUGAAGAAUACGAUUAUUGCCGCUAAGAAUCUAGCUAGAAAAAGGAACACACCUUAAACCUUGCCCUGUAUUAUGCAGUAUUGAAAUUUCGUAACACAGAUUGUUGAUUAUAUUCUAAAAUUAUACUGAUUGUAAGGCCUAUCAAAUAGUAUGGGCUAGAGUGCAGGACUGCAGCUGGAUUUAGCUGCACGGAAACGUUGACUGAACCAUGCCGUUAAUAUGCAAAUGUUCAAAUGUAGAUAAGUCAUUUGAUUUGGUGAAAUAUAGACUAGCCAUCCCUUA